UCGUCGGACUCCCCCGGUGCGCCAGAGGGCAGAGCGCCGAGCGCAGCGGUUCCAAAACGCGCGAGACCAGCGCCAUUCAUCAGAGAGGACCGCGGGCACACCUGGUCGGACAGAGGAGAGCAGCUCAGCGCCAGACACGGCUCCACGCAGCAGCGCUCGGUACUCACGUGAGGAAUGCGGGGCCAUUAACUAAGCCGAAACUUCACAUCAACUUCAACUUUAUUUUCUCAACCUAUCAAACACGAAGAGGGCAUAAUGGCAACCGGCGGAUUUAAACCAAACGCCGCGACGGACUUCUUGGAGGAGUGGAAGGCGAAACGGGAGAAAGUGCGCAUCAAAAUGUUGGGGGACAUAGCCGCGGCGACCGGCGCGCCUUUGGUUGCCAGCAACCCGAACAACCACCCCGGUAACCGCCACGCCGAGCUCACCAACAACGGCAGCCCGGACCGGAGCGCCUCCGCCGGGAACUGCCUCCCCCCUCCCUCCGCCGCCUCCUCCAACUCCUCUUCCUCCUACGCGGUGGCUCGCUCUUCCUCCGGCACGGCUUUAAAGAGACCCGAGGAGGAGACGCCCCCCCACCACCACCCUCCUGCCCGCCCUGCUUCGCCCACAGCCGUCACCCCGCCGGGGAGCAGCCCGAAGAAGGCCGCCUCUCAGCCGGAGCCGGCUCCGUGUGACUCCCCGGACUCCGGCCCCAUGGCGUGCAACGACAGCGACAAGGGGAGCCCGUCGCCCGGGAAGGUCAAGGAGAAGAACAGCACCGGGCCCAGCACGAAGAAGGGCAAAGGGCAGAUCGAGAAGAGGAAGCUGAGGGAGAAGAGGAGAUCUACAGGUGUCGUCAGCAUACCAUCCAGUGAGAGCCUGGAUGAGCUGGACGACGACAACGCCGGGCAGAAGGACAGGAAGGAGGAGGAGCUGGUGCAGGCCAACACUUUCCAGAACGAGGCCAUGACAGCUGACCCUGCCAUCGGCCACUUAAUGGAGACCCCCAGAUCUGGGAGCGGCCGCCAGAAGAGCUCUGCGGGAUCUGAGGAAGAGGUGGGCGGCAACGGCAGACAACGACACAACCGUCACGCCAGAGACGAAGGCGCCGCGGCGCCGGGGACUUUGGAGAAAAGGAUGGAGGAGCUGGAGAAGGAGCUGGCCAGAGAGCGCCAGGAGAACGACCGGUUGCUGAAAUCCAACGAGGACCAAGACGACCUCAUCGGGAAGCUGAGGGAGGAGAUUAACUUGCUGAACAGAGACCUGGAUGACAUCGAAGAUGAGAACGAGCAACUCAAGCAGGAGAACAAGACUCUGCUGAAGGUGGUGGGUCAGCUGACGAGGUAGAGCGGCGCCGCCCCCGGGUCACGUCCAGCACCGCGGCCUCGAAUCCGUUUGAUCGCGUCUCUUUUUUUUCUUCUUCCGAAACCGUAAACCAGCCGUUCAGAGCCGCUCGGCCUUUAAUACAUUCCACGAGGAGGAUUUGUUCCAUUUGUUGUGCAAGCUGAGCGGACUCUGCCGUCGUACAUAUUUAAUGUAAAUUUAUUGUAUAUAGGGCCAUUUAGAUUUUUUUUGGGGGUGGGAUUUCUGAUAAGAUUUUAAAAAGUGAAAUGAAUGUAUGUGCUGCACAAACGAGCGCGCACACACACACACCAAAAGGAUUUAAAGAAAGUUUAGAGGUUUAUAAAACACACACCGCAGCCACCCGGGUCCGAUCUAUACGACGACGUCCAGACGCGUGACGUGUGUCCGAGGUCCAUCAGAGAACUUGAAGCUUCUGUCGACAAACUCUUGGAACUCUGCGGCCGCACCGUCAGCCCGAGUGCCGCGCGAAACAUGCGAGGCACGAUUCUUCUUUUUGAAAAAAACAGUGCGAGUCUGGCGCCUUGUUGACAACUCUUAGUGCCAGAUUCACUUCCCUCUAAUCGUUUCCUGUUUUAUUUGAAUCCCAGUGGGGCUUCUACAAACCUGUAUUUCAAAUUUAAAUGAGACUUUAUAUGAAUUAUAUGCUUUGCGCAUUUCAACGUUAACAUCUGCUUGUCCUUAGGGUGAAACACUUGCAUAUAUAUAUAUAUCAAUAUAUGUUUUGUGGAUGUGGAUUUUUUUCUUUUCUUUUUUCAUCUCCCUGUAAUUCGUUUACAAGUUAACAUCUUUGCGAUAUUUGAUAGAUGCUCCGCUGCUCUGUUUAUGGCGUCUACGAUGUGUGGAGUGAGCCGCAGUGCAUUUAAUGUUCUACACGAGGACCAAAUGAACUUCGGGAACACAAUGUUUUGAUUCUCUUUGGUUUGCUCAAGGGAACCGUCUCGACGGUCGAGGCCCUCUGCUCUCUGUAUUUAGAUCAUUUCAUUCCACACGGCGGCCCAAUCAUCUGCAGGUGGUCGUCGGCCGAUGGAUAGGAAGCUGCCACGUAAUCAACCCCGUCGCGGGCAGACAUCACACACACACACACACACACACACGCAUCUCUCUCUUUCCAUGACAUUAUGCAUGUACAGAAGAUGAAGUCAUUUAAUAAAAGUUUGAUUAUCUCUCUCCUCA